AUGAAUUGUCGCACAAAAUUUUCUAAGAACCCAUAUAAUUUGUGUUUGGACAUCAACACAGUUAAUAAAUAUAGAGAAUUUACAGAAAUAUUUGAAAAAUAUAUUUUUAAUUUAAAGUUCCAAAAUGGUCAAAGAAUAAUCGACUCUAAUCGAAAAACUGGGUUCAUUGGUUUAGUUUAUGGUCUAAAAAAUUUGUUAAAUUUAUAUGAGUAUCUAAAUUCAAAAUAUGGCUUAAAUUAUUUACUGUCUUAUAAACUUUCACAAGACCAUAUUGAAACUUUUUUUAGUGCUGUUAGAAUGAGAGGGGGUCAUAACAAUAACCCAACUUGCAAACAGUUUUUUACAGCUUAUAAAAAACUUCUUGUACACAAUCAAGCAACAGCAUCACAGUACGGAAAUUGCCUAGCAAUGUUAGAUCCCACUGAACUAUCUGUAGUUAAUGUGGGACCCGAUUCUAUUACAAGCCAAAUUAAUGAGACAGAUGAAGCUAUAGUGGUAGAGCAUGACCACUCAUAUUUUCAAUCAUUAAAACGUUUAUCCCCUUUGGUUGAAAACAUUAGUGAGUAUAUAGGAGGAUUUGUUGUAAAAAAAACUUUGAAAAAAAUUAACUGUGCUAUUUGUCAACAGUCUUUGUAUAAAACGUUUACUAAUAAUAUAUUAAUUAAUUUGAAAGACAGGAAUGAUGCAUUAAUAAAACCAUUUAGAGAUGUAGUAGACAUUUGUUUAAUAGCUGAAAGGGUUUUUAGAAGUUGUGACAAUAUUUUCAAAAAUAAUAUUAAAAAUAGUUUAUUCACUAAAAUAAAAAGACAUAUUAUAUACAGCAGUACCAAAAAAAAUUUUCAGGAAUUAGAUGAUCAUUGUUUAAGUCAAAAUCUAUUUAAUAACCAUAGAGACCAAUUAAUAGCACUUAUUAUUUAUAUAUAUUUGGAUGUCAGAUUACACCAUGCAGCUAAAGAAUCUAAUCAUAACAAAAUUAAAUUGAGGCAAAAAUUAACAAAAUUAAUUCUUUUUCGCAAUGAAUAA